AUGCCUACGCUGGUCUCCCGGCGUACCUCGCUGUGUCUCUUCUGCGAAUUCGCCGCCCGAACGCGCCUGCAGCCACAGCGCCUCCUUCCACGCACCCAGGUCGCCCAUCGCGCUACUACCGGAGGAGGAGAGAAGAAUUCGCGUAGGGAAAAGGGUGUAUUCGCCCGUAUAUCAGGAGGGGAACGACUGGGCUACAGAGGAAGGGUCGACAAAGAUGGCAGUCCAGGCUAUCCAGACUUCUUCCGGACGGUGCGCAAUCAGAUGGAGAAGCUGAGGGACGACCUCAACAAGCCCGGUUUCCUCCAGAGCUUGCACAUGGACCGCGGGACCUUCGACAGCGAGUGGGAGACCUUCGAGCGCUCUGUAAGUCUUUGGAUCAAACGAGCGUCGCCCGAAUUGAUCAACCUGGCCCGAGGUGGGUUCAAAAACAAAAAGAGCAAGGCCUUGGAGAGCCGGCUGCGGUACCUGUUCUAUGCCCAAGUCUACGGCGGACGCUUCACAAAGGCCGAGCAGGAGAACCAGAAGCAAGUGGCCGACCUUCGAUACCCUGCCGAGUGGUAUCCCGCAACGAGAGAAAUACGGCGGACAGUACAUCUCCACGUCGGUCCAACGAAUUCGGGAAAGACCUACCAUGCGCUUAAGCGAUUAGAAGCGGCGGAUCGUGGCAUAUACCUGGGCCCGCUUCGACUGCUCGCUCACGAAGUCUAUACGCGCUUGAAUGCAAAAGGAAAGGCCUGCGCAUUGGUGACGGGAGAAGAACAGCGAUUGCCUGACGGCGACGUUAAGAUGUGGAGUUGUACAGUCGAGAUGGCUCCUCUCAACACAGCGCUCGAUGUCGCCGUCAUUGACGAAAUCCAAAUGAUUAACCACAACGAACGGGGAUGGGCGUGGACAUCGGCGUUUCUGGGUGUUCAAGCACGCGAGGUCCAUCUCUGUGGCGAAGCACGAACGGUACCCAUCAUCAAGGAGUUGUGCGCCCUCGUGGGCGACAAAGUUGAGGUCCACGAAUAUGAGCGUCUGACUCCGCUCGAAGUAGCCAAAAAUAGCUUGAAAGGCAACCUGGGCAAUCUCGAAAAGGGCGACUGUAUUGUUGCCUUCUCUGUACUGGGCCUUCAUGCGCUGCGGAGAGAGGUGGAGAUGAAGACAGGGAAGAAAUGCGCCAUCGUCUACGGCAGUCUUCCGCCCGAAACAAGAGCCCAGCAAGCUCGUCUUUUCAACGAUCCGGAAAACGACUACGAUUUCUUGGUGGCCAGCGAUGCCAUAGGCAUGGGGCUGAAUCUGAGUAUCAAGCGUGUCAUCUUCGAAUCCACCAUGAAGAACAACGGUUCGGACUUGGUACCAUUGAAGAUCUCUGAAGUCAAGCAGAUUGGCGGCCGUGCUGGUCGGUACCGCUCUGCACACCAAGCUGUCACCGCGGACAUGAAUGUUAAGUCGGAUUCCGCAGUUGACCCAGUGGUAGGUUUAGAUGAUGUUAAGGGAGACAUCGUGGAGGAGAAGGCCGUCGCGCCACCUGCAGCUGUAGGGCUUGUCACCACGUUGGACCGCUUGGAUUUUGACUAUCUCGCAUCAGCCAUGAAACGUGAGCCCGAGCCAAUCGAAACAGCAGGCCUCUCCCCUCCCUCGCAGAUAGUGGAACGCUUUGCCAGCUACUUCCCUCCCGGUACGCCUUUCAGCUACAUCAUGCUCCGCCUCAACGAGAUCUCUGUCGUCCAUCCACGCUUCCACCUCUGUGCCCUUAAAGACCAGCUUGCGAUAGCAGACGUUAUUCACACAGUAAAGAAUCUAUCCAUUGCAGACCGUAUCAUGAUCUGUGCGACUCCAUCAAACAUGCGGGAUGAGGGGGAACGCAACUUCCUCCGCGCACUCGGCGAGUGUAUCGCAGACAACAAAUCCGGUGAGCUCCUCGAUCUGCCCAACCUUCCUCUCGAAGUUCUAGACCAGGAACCCACCGCCGAACGCAAAUAUCUGUACAGUCUUGAGCAGCUACACAAGAUGAUCGUGGCGUACAUGUGGCUUAGCUACCGCUUCCCGCAUGUUUUCACCACUCGGACCCUAGCCAACCAUGUGAAGCAAAUUACUGAAGACGCUAUUGAGCGCACGCUGAUGCAGUUUUCGUGGUCGGAUGUUAGAAACAAGCGCAAACAAAAGAGGGAGGAGGCUAUGCGGGAACUACAAGAACAGGAGAAGGCGGCUGCGGAGGAGAGGAAAAAUAUCGGAAUUGAUCUGCCGGAAGAGGCACGUCAGAUUCUCGGUGACAAGAGGUCAUUCGAUGACUCCGAAGCCCCGAUUGACGACGAGGGCGAGUAUCACCCCGAGGAGCUUGAUGAUCUGGAACCCACACCGGCAGUGGAGCAGCAGCGCACGCAGUUGACGCGGAAAGAUUCUGACAACCGUCAAGGCCAGACAGCUCCCGCUGUUUCUGCAUCUGAUGCACCGCAGCCGAGGCUGUGA